UGCUGCUGCUGUGUCAGGGUGUCUGAGGGACGGUGCGAUGGCCGGCGCGGUGGGCAACUACCGGCUCCGCUGCUCCUUGGUGGGGCACGAGUUGGACGUGCGGGGACUUAGUUGUUGUCUCUUCCCGAGCGGCUCGUUCGUGUCCGUAUCUCGGGACCGGACAGCUCGUCUCUGGGCGCCGGACAGUCCCAACAGAGGAUUUACUGAAAUGCACUGCAUGAGUGGCCACUCGAAUUUUGUUUCUUGUGUGUGUGUCAUCCCUCCAAGUGACCUUUACCCGCGUGGAUUAAUUGCCACUGGUGGUAAUGACAACAACAUUUGCAUCUUUGCUUUGGACAGCUCUGCACCACUGUAUGUCCUGAAGGGUCAUAAAAAUACAGUUUGUAGCCUCUCAUCUGGGAAAUUUGGCACUCUGCUUAGUGGCUCAUGGGAUACAACAGCCAAAGUUUGGUUGAAUGACAAAUGCAUGAUGACAUUACAGGGCCACACUGCAGCAGUCUGGGCUGUGAAGAUAUUACCUGAACAGGGAUUAAUGUUGACUGGUUCAGCUGAUAAAACCAUUAAGCUAUGGAAGGCAGGUAGAUGUGAGAGAACAUUUACUGGACAUGAAGACUGUGUAAGAGGCUUAGCUAUUUUAAGUGAGACAGAAUUUCUUUCCUGUGCAAAUGAUGCCAGCAUUCGACGAUGGCAGAUAUCUGGAGAAUGUCUUCAAGUUUAUUAUGGACACACCAAUUAUAUAUACUGCAUAUCUGUCUUCCCACAAAGUAAAGAUUUUGUUACCACUGGUGAAGACAGAUCACUCAGAAUCUGGAGAAAAGGCGAAUGCACACAGACAAUCAGGCUUCCAGCUCAAUCUGUUUGGUGCUGCUGUGUGUUAGACAAUGGAGAUCUUGUUGUUGGAGCAAGUGAUGGCAUUAUCAGAGUGUUUACAGAAUCUUUGGAGCGUGCAGCAAGUCUGGAGGAGAUUCAGGCUUUUGAAAAUGAACUUUCUCAAGCGACUAUUGAUCCUAAAACUGGCGAUUUAGGAGAUAUCAAAAUUGAUGAGCUUCCUGGUAGAGAGCAUUUGAAUGAGCCAGGUACAAGGGAUGGUCAGACAAGACUUAUUAAAGAUGGCGGAAAAGUGGAAGCUUACCAGUGGAGCAUUAGUGAAGGCAGGUGGAUGAAAAUUGGGGAUGUUGUAGGCUCAUCUGGAGCUACACAGCAAACAUCUGGAAAAGUGUUAUUUGAAGGAAAGGAAUACGACUAUGUUUUCACUAUUGAUGUGAAUGAAGGAGGACCUUCCUACAAGUUGCCGUACAACAUCAGUGAUGACCCAUGGCAGACUGCAUAUAACUUCCUGCAGAAGAAUGAUCUAAAUGCCAUGUUCCUGGAUCAGGUGGCCAAAUUCAUAAUAGAUAACACCAAAGGGCAAACACUGGAACAUACAAACAGUGGAUUUUCAGAUCCUUUCACAGGUGGUGGCCGCUAUGUUCCAGGUUCUUUCUCAGGGCUUAAUGAAGGACCUGCAGCAGAUCCGUUUACAGGUACUGGUCGCUAUGUCCCAGGUUCAGCAUCUGACCCUGCAGUUCCUCUAAGUAGAGCUGAUCCAUUCACAGGGACUAGUGCCUACAAAUCAGCUACAGCUAAAGCUGAAAAUAUUUAUUUUCCAAAGAGAGAAGCGGUUACGUUUGAUCAAGCUAACCCUGCACAAAUACUGGGUAAACUGAAAGAACUUAAUGGAAGUGCACCCGAAGAACAACAGUUAACGGAAGAUGAUUUAGGUCUUCUAGAAAAGAUGCUGUCUAUAACAUGCAAUAACUCUAUCGAAAUUCCCACAGCACAGCAACAGCAAACUUUGUGGAAAGCAAUUAACUGGCCAAAUGACAUUGUCUUUCCAGUGCUAGAUAUUCUUCGAUUAUCGAUCAGGCAUCCCAGCGUGAACGAAAGCUUCUGCAGUGAAAAGGAUGGCAUUCAGUUCUGCAGCCACCUUAUCAAAUUUCUGAACCCUGGAGAAAAGCAAGCCAACCAGAUGCUGGCCCUUAGAAUUUUCUGCAAUUGUUUUAUCCACCCAGUUGGCCAAAAGCUCAUGAUGUCACAGGGGGACUCAAUAAUGUCACAAGCAAUAGAACUGAAAUUGUGCAGGAAUAAGAACAUUCAAAUUGCACUAGCUACCUUGGCGCUGAACUAUGCGGUUUGUUUACAUAAAAUUAAUAAUAUUGAGGGCAAAGCUCAGUGCUUGUCAGUGAUCAGCACAGUCAUGGAAGUUGUGCAAGAUCUCGAAGCCAUUUUUAGAUUGCUUGUGGCUCUUGGGACACUAAUCAGUGGUGAUUCAAAUGCUGUACAGUUAGCUAAGUCUCUAGGGGUUGACUGUCAAAUUAAAAAAUAUUCCUCUGUAUCAGAACCAGCUAAAGUAAACGAAUGCUGUAGGUUUGUCCUUAACUUGCUCUAACCUCUUUUUUUUAAGCACUUGAGAGUCUAGGACUAUGCUGAAGAUAAUUUUUUUCAUAUUUUACAAGAAAUGAAUAAAUACUGUGGGUUAACUAUCUGGACAUUAAGUGAAACAAUCUGAAUAAAACCUUUUGCACUGAU